AGGAACUCCUUCUUCUGGGGUUGUGGUGAAGAACAGGAACUCCUCCGGUUGUUUAAUUGUCCGAAAGAAAGGGGAUGGAUUGAGUUCAGCUACAGCUACAGCUACAGCUACUACUGCUUCUGCUACUGCUGGGGUUGGUUCCUCCACCUCUCGGAAGCUGUAUGAAUCCAAGAAAAGGGCCAAAAUCAACUUGCCCUUGAGUGAUUCUGGAUCAAGCGACGAGUUGCUGAUGCCUCCUGGUAGGAGGCUUGGCCCCGAGACUAUCCGAGUCUGUAAUGGCUUGACUGCCUUUGAGCGGGGUAUGGUAGGGGGUCCUGAAAUUGGUAGGAAGAGGGAUAGAAUGGAAAAAAUUAGGGGUGAUGGGGAAGGUAUGAUUGCGGAGAAUGGUUCGGAAAAGAGGGAAAAGAAACGUAAUAAGUUGAAUGUGUAUGAUUUCAAUGAAUACAAGGGUAAGGAUGUGGAGAAGAUGAGAAGGAGGCAUUUUGAUAAUAAUGGAGUUGGUUUUGGAGGAAGGUUUAUUGGAUCAAUGCAUGCCGGUAGAAGUGGCAUCGAUAGGGAAUUAGAAAUGGGGUCAAGCAGAUACAUUCUUGAUAAGAGAAAGAACUCCUAUCAUGACAGGCCAAGUGGUUUGUAUCCGGGGGAUAAUGUUGAUCACAGUAGGUUCAAGAUGAACAGGGAUGGAGCUCAGCUGCCUCUGACCUUGUCAAGGGAGAAGUUUAAUUCAGAUGAGUCUAUUAGGGUUCAGGGGAAAAAUGGUGUUUUGAAGGUAAUGGUUAAUAAGAAGAAGGUGGAUAGGCCAUUAGAACACUAUGAUCAAUGCAAACCUGUGGAAAACAGGCAAAGGUUGAAAACCGAAGGGACUGCCAAGAGGAAUGUCCUGAUUCAUCCCCCCUCGUACUUGGAAGCAAAAUGUGUUGAGAAACCAGAAUUACUUGUUAGGCCAGAGAAGAAACAGAUAACACCAAGAAAAUCAUUGUCAAGUAAGGACAGUAGGGGUGAUGAGUGGGAUUCAGAUAACAGUGAUACAUCAUUGAAACCAGGAAUGAGAAAUACUGAAUCUCAGAAGCCUACGAAGAGGAUAAUGUCUGAGGAUGAACAGACUCCUAUGCAUGAAAAGCUCCCAACUACAAAAGCAAAAGAAGGAAAAAUUAAGCGUGGUAGUGGCACAGAAAAACAGAAACUGCGAGAAAAAAUAAGGGAGAUGCUGCUGAAUGCAGGUUGGAUCAUAGACUAUCGACCUCGAAGGAAUAGAGACUAUCUGGAUGCAGUUUACAUUAAUUCAGCAGGUACGGCCUAUUGGUCUAUCAUCAAGGCCUAUGAUGCACUUCAAAAGCAAUUGAAUGAUGAUGCCAACGAGGCCAAGGCCAAAGGGGACAGUUCUUCCUUUGCUCCUAUUGCAGAUGAGGUGCUUAGUCAGUUAACAAGGAAAACUAAGAAGAAAAUGGAGAAAGAAUUGAAGAAGAAGAAGAAGAAAAGAUAUGAUAGUGAAAGUGAUAGUGAAAGAGAGCCUCACAUAAGAAGAUCUGCCAGCAACAAGCAUGAUAUGAAUAGCAUGGAUAGUGAUAGCAAUGAGGAGAAAUUAAGCUCCUUUAUAAAGCAGGGAAGUAAGUCAAUGAAAAAUAUAAUGAUUGAAAAUACCGUUGCCAGUGCUAGCUCUAAAAGCCAGAAUGCUACCCAUCACUCAAACGAUGGAAUAGAAAAACCAUUCUCUGGAAGUGAUCCUCAUCUUCUACAUGGACGGAAGAGUAGAAAACAUGGAAGAUGUACCUUGUUAGUUCGUAGUUCUAACAAGGGAUUAAAUUCUGAAUCUGAUGGCUUUGUCCCAUACACAGGCAAACGGACAGUGCUUUCCUGGUUGAUUGACUCUGGGACAGUAGAAUUAAGCCAAAAGGUUCAAUACCGUAGACGGAAGAAAGUACUGCUGGAGGGAUGGAUCACAAGAGAUGGCAUUCACUGCGGCUGCUGUAGUAAGAUCCUCACAGUUUCAAAGUUUGAGCUUCAUGCAGGAAGCAAAUUGCUGCGUCCAUAUCAAAAUAUAUAUUUGGAAUCUGGAGUUUCUCUUCUACAGUGCCAGAUAGAUGCAUGGAAUAGACAACAGAACUACGAGAAAAUCGGUUUCCAUUCAGUGGAUAUUGAUGGUGAUGAUCCAAAUGAUGAUACUUGUGGUAUUUGUGGAGAUGGAGGGGAUUUAAUCUGUUGUGAUGGUUGUCCAUCAACAUUUCAUCAGAACUGUUUGGAUAUACAGAUGCUUCCUCCUGGUGAAUGGCGUUGUCCAAAUUGUACCUGUAAGUUUUGUGGAAUAGCCGGUGAAACUUCUAAAAAAGAUGAUGCAACUGUGUAUGUCCUACAUACUUGCAACUUAUGCGAGAAAAAAUAUCAUGACUCUUGCACUAAGGAGGUGGAUGCCCUUCCUAAUAGCUUCAAUACAUCAGGCCCUUCUUUUUGUGGGAAAGAGUGCAAAGAGCUUUUUGAGCAAUUGAAGAAGUACCUUGGUACCAAGCAUGAACUAGAAGCGGGCUUUUCAUGGUCUCUUGUUCAUAGAACAGAUGAAGACUCAGAGGCAGCUAGUAGGGGAAUUACCCAGAGGGUGGAAUGCAAUUCCAAGCUAGCUAUUGCACUGACUGUGAUGGACGAAUGCUUUUUACCUGUUGUUGAUCGGAGGAGUGGGAUCAAUUUAAUCCGUAAUGUUUUAUAUAAUAGUGGGUCAAACUUCAGUCGGUUGAAUUAUAGUGGCUUUUACACUGUUAUUCUGGAGCGAGGGGAUGAAAUCAUUUCUGCAGCAUCUAUCAGGUUCCAUGGAACUAAGUUAGCAGAGAUGCCAUUUAUCGGAACUCGCCAUAUAUAUAGGCGCCAGGGGAUGUUUCGCCGUCUUUUUUCUGCCAUUGAAUCGGCUCUUUGCACUCUGAAGGUUGAGAAACUGGUUAUUCCUGCAAUUGCUGAACUCAUGCAUACAUGGACAGCAGUUUUUGGCUUCACACAUCUUGAGGAAUCACUCAGGCAAGAAAUGAGGUCAUUGAAUAUGUCGGUUUUCCCUGGUAUAGAUAUGUUGCAGAAGCUGUUUGGGGAGCAAGGAAAACAUGUGUGCAAUACAACCACAGCAGGUUUUACAAAAAUGGGAAAUGGAGACAAUGUUUUUAUUGAGACCAAAAUGGCGAAUAGGUCACAGAUGGAUUCCUCAACUCUGCUAGAUCCUCAUGGAAGUGAUGAUGCUAGUUCAAAUCCUGCCAAUGAGAUGAAUGAAGAUUGUAGUGAUGCUUCUCAAGAACUAAACAAUCACGUUUUGGUUGACAGGACAGUGUGUUCUAAAUCUCAUCCUGAGGAAAGGUUAUCUGAUUCAGUUUCAGAUAAAUGUGUUUCUCCUUCUAGUCAUGGUACCCCAGAAAUGAACAAUAAAAUAGUAAUGGCUCCUCCUGUUGAUAAACUGAAUAUUUCUUCGUCCAAAUGUCAAUCCAUAUCACCGAAUGUCACUUCUGUGAGUAGUCACCCAUUAAAUAUUCCUGAUUGCCAUGAAAUUCAAGCUUUGGUUCUGGAAACUGCUUGUUAUGGCCCUUGUUCAGCAGAAAACCUUGACAGGAAAUGUCACUCGUUCUCUGCUAUGAAUUGUGAUCCAUCGGAGCUUGACAAUAAUCCAGUAUUGCAUUCUCCACUGGCAGACAAUACUCCGUCUUCUGAAGAGGUUUAUGUGAAUGAUGCAUAUGAGGCUCUUGAAGCUGUUCCGUCAGGGAGUUUAUCUGAAGAGAAUAUUACCAAGGAAAAUAAUCAAAAUGUAGAUGUCUCUGAUUCUGUUCUCAAUCAUGCUGAUGAGAGUUUGUUGCAAGUAAGAUCUGAUUCCAAUGGGGAAAUCGGCCAUCAGAGUGAAAAAUUUUUACAUUUGAACAUAGGAGUUGCUUCAAAUGAAAUGUAUUUUGAUGAAAGUGGCCUAAAUGCUUCCGGUGAUAGUUCUGAGACUGAUCCAAUCUAACAGAAUGGCCCAGUCGUGUACUGCUGAUGUGUUUAGUGCUUUACUGCUCAUGAUACUUUCGUAAGUUUUCUUUUCAGAGCUUCAAUGCCUUGUAUGCAAAUCAAUUUUCAAGGCUUUGGAGCUUAUGCUUCAUGCUUUGAUCUGGACAGUAUGAAUAAAUUCUGUUGAUUUCAAAAGAAAUAUUGUUUGGUCCCUUGUCAUCCACAACUAUGAAUUUCUUAAGGUUCUGAGCAAGUUAAUUUCAUUUUUUGUGAAAGUUUCUUCUGUCAAAAAGAUUCAUCUGCGUCUGGCUGUAUAACCCUGAGUUACAUAAUAGGUGAAGUUACUGGCACUGGCAAGUAAUAUGCAACAGUUCUUCAACACUCAACAGAAGCAAAUCCUUUUUAGUUACGUAAUAUGAUUGUGCGGUAUAUACUAUAAAUAUGAAUCUGGCAGAGCGGAUUUGGUUUCUGCUUAAUCCUUUUGUGCCACUCAAUGACUGCGGUAAUUAAUUACAUGACAUCAGCAGUUUACUUUGAGGUAGUGUUUGGUUCGGGAGAAUUUUUUUUUUACUAGAGAAAUGUAA